AUGCAUCGACGGAGGAGACAACAGAAAAAGAGAUUAUCAAAGCAUGCGGUGGCGGCAAGGACACAAAUGGAUAUAGUGGUGGUGAUGGUGGUGGCGAUGGAGGCGGCGAUAGCUGACGAUAACCUUUUUGCGAUGUACAAGAAGAUUUAUAGAGGAGAUUUCAAGUGUCCACGGUGGUUCUCCGGCGAUGCAAGGAGGCUCAUCACCAAGCUGCUCAAUCCGGAUCCGAAUUCUCGCAUCAUCAUUUCGAAAAUCAUGGAGUCACCGUGGUUCAAGAAACCUGUUCCGAAGAACAUGCUACGGGGGAUGAAGGAGGAAGAUGAAGAGGAGAAGGAGAAAGAGAUAGAGGAGAAGAUGAAGCAGCCAUCGACGAUGAGCGCGUUUCUCAUAAUAUCGUUAUCCGAAGGGUUUGAUUUGUUGAGGUUGUUUGAGGAGAAGAAGAGGGAAGGAAGAGAGGGAGGAGAUGAGGUUUGCGACGGCGGGAACGGCGAGCAGCGUGAUAUCUCGACUGGAGGAGGUGGCAAACGCGAUGAAGUUCGAUGUAAAGAGGAGCAGCAAUGA